AUGUACACCCCCAAGCUCGUCGCCCUCCUCAUGGCCGUCCUCGCCGUGACCGCCUCCGCCGGCAGCGUCAAAGUCUCAUUCGGCGACGACGACGCCACCCCCGCCAAAGCCCCCGCCAAAGUGCCGCGCGACGUCGCCAGCAACGGCCCCACGCUCGCCGCCCGCUGGGCCAUGCCGCUCGCCGAGCCCGGCAAGCGCCCCCCCAGAGCCGCCGCAGGCAGACCCAGGCGCGGCGGCGUCCGUGGUGUCAAGGCCAGGCCAAAGGGCCGAGGCGGGAUGGGCAGGAGGCCUCCUCGUGCCGGUAGGCCGGUCCGUAAGGGCGGCAAGGGCCGCGGUGGCCCGCGUGGUGGCCCCAGGGGCCGCCCGGGCCGUGCGGGGGGGCGCCCGGGUGGGCGCCCUGGACGCGGUGGUCAGAAGGGCAUGGGGGGCCCCAGGGGCGGUAAGGGACGGAUGGGGAUGGGCGGUGCGCCAGGUGGUGGUGCGCCACCACCACCUCCUCCUCCGGCGGCCGAGAUGCCUCCGGCUGAUGUGCCUGCGGCCGCGGAUUCUGAGGCGGCUCCUGCUGAGGAGGUGCCGGCUUACUAG